AUGGAAUUAAUAGGUGGUAGAGAUACCGUCAAGAAUGAAUCGCAUUUGAACUCUGUGAAGGAUGAUGAAGACGAACUGAAGGACCUGACUAACAGAGGUAAACAGAUAAAGCAAGAGAAAAAGAAGAAGAAGGGAGGAAGAAAGAAGCAAGCGAACUAUUUGCUCUUCCCCAGAAUCACGUCUUCGCUCCAGCCGUUUGCCAUGCUGUCCGCCGUAUUCACAACGAUGUAA